UCAGGCGCGGGCUCGUUCUGAACGUAGUUUCAGUGUGUGUUUUUUCACAGCGACGGCGAGAGAAAAUGAGCGCUCGAGUUCCCUAAUCAAGUCAAACAAACCGUUUUCGGUAAACUUCUGAGCAGCGGCGUGUCAGCGGAGCGUUACUGUAGAGUUACGAGGCAAGUGCACUUCGAAGGUCGGCGAGUGUAUAAGCAAGAGCAGAGCACCAGCCUGUAGUGUUGGAUGGCAGAAGAAGGGCAAUAGAAAAAAAAUCACAUUGCCCACUUUCAUCAUAUCUAACAGGGUUACAGAGGCCUGGAAUAUUUCCCAGGAAGCGAAGGGCAGGGCACAAACACACUCAUUCACACACUACAGGCAAUCUUGAAAAUGCCAAUCAGCAUACAGCACGUCUUUGGACGAUGAGGGAAGAACAAGACUACCUGCAUGAAAGCCACCAAGGACAGAACGACUAUGCACACAGACUAGAGAUCGGGCCCAUUGAAGAUGGAAACCCUGGAGUCGGAGCUGACAUGCCCGAUCUGCCUGGAGCUGUUUGAGGACCCUCUGCUGCUUCCCUGCGCCCAUAGCCUGUGCUUCAGCUGCGCCCAUCGCAUCCUGGUGUCUCACUGUUCCGGCGCGAAGCCGCUCGAGUCCGUGUCGGCCUUCCAGUGUCCAACGUGCCGCCACGUCAUCACGUUAAGCCCGCGCGGCCUCGACGGCCUGAGACGCAAUGUGACGCUGCAGAACAUCAUCGAUCGUUUUCAGAAGGCCUCUUUUAGCGGGCCCGGCUCACCCAGCGAGAGCCGCCUUCGGCCACCGCCACCCCGGCCCCGCAGCGCCACACCCACCGGGGGCAGCGCCAACGGCAGCGCCAUGUCGGCCGAGCUGCGCGUACCGUGCCAGUUCUGUGAACAGGAGCCUCCUCGUGACGCCGUGAAGACGUGUGCAACGUGCCAGGCAUCAUACUGCGAGCGCUGCCUGCGUGCCACGCAUCCCAACAAGAAGCCGUUCACCAGCCAUCGCUUGCUGGAACCUGCAGGUGACGGGCAUCUGCGUGGUCUGGCCUGCCUCGAGCAUGACAGUGAGACAGUGAGCCUGUACUGUGCUACAGAUGAGCAGCUUAUCUGUACCCUGUGCAAGCUGGUUGGCCGGCACCGCGAGCACCACGUCACGUCUCUCAGCGAGCGCUUCGACAAGCUUAAGGGUUUUCACGUGAGCCCCGGCAGAGUAUCUGAAGCUGUUAUGGAGGCGUCAAAGACGAGCGCUGCGCAAACUCUGGAGAAUAACCUGACCAACCUGGUAAAGAGGAACAGUGAGCUGGAAAACCAGAUGGCCAAACUCAUCCAGAUCUGCCAACAGGUGGAGGUGAAUACAGCCAUGCACGAGGCCAAGCUGGUGGAGGAGUGCGACGAGCUGGUGGAAAUCAUUCGCCAGAGGAAACAGGUCAUCGCUGUCAAGAUCAAAGAGUCUAAGGUGAUGAAACUCCGUAAGUUGGCUCAGCAGAUCGCUAACUGUAGACAGUGUCUGGAACGUUCCAGUGCUCUUAUCACACAGGCUGAGCAGAGUCUAAAAGAAAACGACCAUGCUCGCUUCCUCCAGACUGCCAGAAACGUGGCAGAAAGGGUUGCCAUGGCCACCGCCUCCUCACAGGUCCUUAUCCCAGAUGUCAAUCUGAAUGAGGCCUUUGACAAUUUUGCCCUCGACUUCUCCCGAGAAAAGAAGAUCCUGGAGGGCCUGGACUAUCUGACAGCCCCUAAUCCACCAUCUAUACGAGAGGAGCUGUGCACAGCCUCCCACGAUACCAUCACUGUGCACUGGACCUCUGAGGACGAGUUUAGUGUCACAUCUUAUGAACUGCAAUACACUAUUUACACGGGCCAGACCAACUUCAUCAGUCUAUAUAACUCAGUGGACAGUUGGAUGAUUGUACCCAACAUCAAGCAGAAUCAUUACACGGUGCACGGGCUUCAGAGUGGAACCCGCUAUAUAUUCUUCGUCAAGGCCAUCAACCAGGCUGGCAGCCGCAACAGCGAGCCAGCACGUCUCAAAACCAACAGCCAGCCUUUUAAACUGGACCCUAAGACGGCUCAUAAGAAGCUGCGCCUGUCCAACGACUGCCUGACCAUGGAGAAGGAUGAGAGCUCUUUAAAGAAGAGUCACACACCAGAGCGCUUUAGUGGUACAGGUUGUUAUGGCGCAGCUGGCAACGUAUUUAUCGACAGUGGCUGCCAUUACUGGGAAGUGUUGUUAGGAGCAUCCACAUGGUACACGGUGGGUGUGGCUUACAAGUCGGCCCCGAAGAACGAGUGGAACGGCAAGAACUCGUCAUCAUGGGUGUUCUCUCGCUGCAAUAAUAACUUUCUGGUGCGACACAACGGCAAAGAGAUGCUGGUGGAGGCAUCACUGCAGCUGCGAAGGCUCGGAGUGCUACUGGACUAUGACAACAACACGCUCUCCUUCUAUGAUGCCAUGAACUCUCAGCACCUGCACACAUUCGACAUCUCCUUUCUGCUUCCUGUCGCCCCUACCUUCAUGAUCUCGAAUAAAUCACUAAUGAUCCUGUCUGGCCUGCCUGUGCCCGACUUUGUGGACUGCCCCGAGCAGCAGGACGGCAGCGGCCGGCAGCAAGAGUCUCCAUAUGGCCUGACUAUGAAGUGUUGCAACUGAGGCGCUCGCACAGACUCUUCCAGAACGGUCCCAGGAGCUCGUUUCGUCCACUUCGCUUCCUCGCUUUUAUUUUGGCCCCACCACAGGCUCACAUGGAUGAUGGUGUGGAUAGAAUUGUGGAAGCUAGGUUUGAAAGAUGUGCUAAUUCUCUCCUUGAUCGUUGCAGUUAGGGGUGUUUCGGAUGUGUUGCAUGACUCUACUAGUCAUGGAUUAUGAGAUCUGUAAUGGAGUGGGAAAAGUAUGUAAAUUAUUCAUGACUAAUAGUUUGGUUUGCUUCUUUUAUCAGUUUUGCUAUUAUCCGUAAAAAAAAAGCACUUUUUCAAACAUUUUAAGUGCCCCGUGUGUGAAAUAAAAGAAAAAAAAAAAAGACAUGAUUUAGGACAGGGCUGGACAUUGUUUGGAUAUAGUGGAUUUAUCUUCUAAUAGAAAAAGGGAUUAUAGAUAAUGGUAAGAUAUGGUGUUUCUACUUAGGUUACCAUUUAAUAAUACCUGAUGAAACAAAUUCACACUUUCAUAUUCAGGGAGGGAACAAGGAGAGCAUUUUCUUUGUGCUUUUGUCUAGACGUUUAUAGCAUGAUAUGUAUUUCCUCUGUGAUUUGUUCCACUCUAUUGGUUUCCUGUUCUGUAUUUUGUGCUAAAGCAUGACAGUCCCACUGCUGAUUUUAUAGACAUGGAUUUAUACUGAUCCAUGUAGUAUUUUUUAUAUACUUUUUAUUGGAAAGCUAAAUCCAUCUUACCAAAUCAACCAACACGUAAAAGCAUUGCGGGUGAACUAAAUCUCCAAAGGGCUUUAUGGAACACAAUUUACGCUUUCACUUAUAGAUUCGUUCAGUUAAAAGGAGGGGCCGAGUCUAACAGUAUUCAGUCCCAUGCUCAGUUUUCAGGGGGUUGUGACAAUUCUGCAAAGGGACGUCUGCUUUGACAUCAACAUGCAGGUGUCCUGAUGGCAGCCAACAACCACAGCUCAUCAGUGCUUUGGGUCACUUCAUGAAAACUUCAGCCACAGCAUCCAUGUUACACUCACAUAAGGUUCAGUCCAGGGUAAAGUAAGGUCACUCAGUUAAUUUAUAUUGUAACUACGUUAUCAUAAAAAAAAAAAAAAAACUUAUCAAAGCAGGUAGAUAUGGUUCAUACAGUGUAUGUGACCCAUCGUUUUAAGUCAAGUAUCAAGUUUCACAAGUUAGUUUUGCACUAUGGCCAAUAAAGUGCAAUGUACAAUGUAAAAAGCUUCAAUUUCAGCAAAAAUAUCUUCCUGAUUGCUUAACAGGAUUAAGAAAGUUUAAAUCCUCUAAAACAUUUUUUAAAGCACUUUAAUGGUGAACACAGUCCAUACUGGUUACCAGUUGUGAUGAAAAAAACAUGCAAUUUGUUAGCUAUAAAAUGUUGCUGCUGUUAUUAGCAGGGAAAUCCCGGUGUCAAAUAAGACUGAAGGUUCUUUUUUUUUUUUCUUUUAAGUCACAGAAUUGUAAUUUAAAUAUUCUAAAAAUAGGAUGUCGACUACUCCCUUCUUGUAAACAAACUCACAAUGGCCAUAUCGCAGCAACCGGACUUGAUAAAAGAAUAAACUUGAGAUCAAAAUGGAUCUUAUAUAAUAAGGGAUCUGAAGGUAUACAGUACAGAACUCAAAUCAUCUAAAAUGUGGCAUUUAUCUGUGCCAAAAACACUACAACGCUUAAUGACCAAUCUAAAGAAAAAGAAAAAAACAUCAACUUAUAUGGACGUCCUGCCAGUGUGUGUUGACUGGGGAGGUCUCACAUACUAAACUGCAUUUGGGUUUUCGGACAUGUCGGGUAGAGCCCAAGUUAUCAUUAUUUUUAAAAGUUUACUUUUAAGUUUACCUUUGCGUUAUCAUUACUUUUUUUAGCUCUUGGAUUAUGGGAAUGAUGCCACCAAAUGCUUUUUAAUUUUUUUUUUGUCUGAGAAACAACUAAAAACAACCACAAAAACAUGUGAUUAUGUGUAUCUGUGCUAUUUCUUUGCCGGUAUGACCCAUUAUUUUUUCAAAUUUAAACACUUUCAAAUACUUUUAAACACAAUAAAUGACAGUUUAUUUAUGGUUACAAAAAGUUGGACAUUUUCAUCCCAGUGCCUGGCUUUUAAAAAAAAAAAAUUUAAUUAGUUGUUAUUUUCCUGUCCUGAUUACAUACGCAACGCAGUAAGUGGAAAAGUCUUUUUGACCCGUAUGCCAUUAUGUCUAAUAGUAAUAUAAGCAGAAAGGUGUAAGGGGUUUUCUUUAGAAUUAUGUUUUUGGGAAUUUAACUGUGACCCAUGUCACAGAUUGGCUGCAAUUUUCAUGAAGUGACUUUUUUUUUUUUGCCUCAUAUAUGAUUUCCCUCAGUGCGAUAUUCAGG